AAUAAUCUCUUGUAUUAUAUAUUGCUAAAUUGGUUUCAACAUAAAAAUUAUUAAUAAAUAGAUAAAAAUAACAUUAUUUUCAGUAACGUAAUCUAAAAUAAUUUGAAUUACUAAAGAACACACAGAUUAUUUGAAAAGUAUCAAGAUUACUUUUAUUUAAAAAAAAAUUUUAUUCCACAUUUUCGAUCUAUUUUUUUAUAAGAAAUUGUCUUCUUGCAGGUCAUAUUAUAAUUUUGAAUGCUCUCUAUAUGUAAAAAGAUUUACGAUUUAAAUAAUUAUAUUUAAAUAUAUACUUGGAAAUUAUCAAGAGAAUUUCGUUUUUAAUACUAACUACAAUUAAUAUUAUCAGUGUGAAGUGCUAAACACAUGAUUACUAAAAAACUACCAUAUCGAUGGCUAUUGCCGGGUCUCAUAUAGGCUGGACGUCACCAUCCUUACCAAUACUGAAAUCAUCUAAUUCCUCUGUUCGGAUAACAUCCGACGAUGCCUCUUGGAUCGCUUCGUUCUACCUUUUGGGCACCAUACCCGGAUGCAUUUUAGCAGCUUUCGUUGUCGACUGGCUGGGUCGGAAGAUAAGUUUACUGAUAGCUGGUGUACCUCUGUUUGUCGGAUUUAUCAUGAUAAUCAUAGCAUGGAAUCCUUAUAUUCUCUAUGCUUCUCGCUUUAUUAGCGGUAUCGGUCAAGGCGUAGUAUAUGUUGUCUGCCCGAUGUAUAUCGGCGAGAUAGCCGAUAAGGAAAUCAGAGGCGCUCUCGGCUCCCUCAUUAAGCUGAUGGUGACCUUCGGGGAACUAUAUGCCCACGCAGUGGGUCCCUUCGUGUCCUACGAAUAUCUUUCUUACAUCUGCUUACUGCUGCCAGUGAUAUUCUUCCUUACCUUCCCUUGGAUGCCCGAAUCGCCAUAUUUCCUGCUGAUGAGAAAUCGCCAGAAUGAUGCGAUGGCGGUUUUGAAACGUUUGAAGCGCCGUAUUUCCGAGGAUCAGCUGGAGAGAGAUCUGCAAGAGAUGCAGAAGACGAUCGUCCGCGAUCUCAGAGAUCGCGGUCACUUUGGAGAUCUAUUCAAUACACCUGGCAACCGGCGCGCCAUCAUCAUCAGUUUUGGCCUGCAAUUAGUUCUUCAGUGCAGUGGUAUCGCCGCGAUUGAGUCGUACACUCAGGAGAUUCUCGAGGAGGGCGAUGGGGCUCUACCUGCUGGUAUCAUGGUCAUUUUGCUUAGCAUAUUUCAAUUGAUUGCCGGUGUCGCAGCAGCGAUUCUGGUUGACAAGCUCGGUAGACGGCCGUUGCUUCUGAGUACCACUUUUCUAGGUGGAAUCACAUUGACCAUUGCCGGCAUUUUUUAUUUGCUCAAGUUUGCAUACAAAGUGAACAUGACCGGAUACGGUUGGAUACUUCACUCAUCCGUGAUAUUUUAUGAGCUGAUUAUCGCUCUGGGCCUGAAUCCGCUACCAUAUAUGAUGCUAGGCGAGUUAUUCUCAACUAACAUUAAGGGCGCCGCUGUGUCAUCGACUAAUCUGAUGUCCUCGUUGUUGGCCUUCGCCGUGUCCAAGUUAUACCAAGUGAUCUCCGAUGACUAUGGAGUGUACACGGCCUUCGGUUGUUUCGCCUGCAGCUGCUUCAUCGGCUUAAUUUUCAUCGCGCUAGUCGUACCCGAGACCAAAGGCAAGUCGCUGUUGGAGAUCCAAGAGGAGCUUCAUUGUAAGAGCAAGAAGAAAAUAGGACGAAAAUCAGAAAACAGGAACAGGAACAACGAGCAAAUUCAAAUAAAAAUAAGUGACAUACGUUUUCCGGAUUAUGGGACAUUCGACAGGAAAUCUCGAAGCGGCCGAUCGUCAUUCCGGUUACGAUGGUUACGUCCGGGUCGAUCAUAAAACCGAACGAGCAAUAUUUCCAACAAUCAUCGGUAAGAUCAAUUGCAAUAUUUGAAUACAUAAUUGGGCUGCCGCUUUAAUAAGAUAUAAAUGAAAAUAGCGCGUUAUUAUUUUCAAAAAUCAAAUGGACAUUACUGUUUGCAAAUUGUCCAUAAAAGUCAAAGAGUAUUCCCUGUCAAAAGUCAAUACUUUUAUACAAAAAAUUCAAAAAAGAUUUUAGAAUUUUUACGUUGCUAUAGUUUCAAAGUCUCUUGUAUUUUAAUUGAAGUUUAUUAUUUUGGAAAGUUUUUUUUUUCCACAAUAUAUCACGUAAUGUAAAAAUAAGAGACUCACAGCUACAUGAAGUUUAAACUAUAGGAGGAAGAAUACCUCAGAUAAAAAUUAGCUUGUAAGAGUUUAAUGUUUAAAUAAGGGCCUUUAUAUUCCAUUGAAGAAGGCGCUUCGAUUGAAGUAACGAGAAAGAGCCGAAAGAGCAUUUCCCGAUCCAGAUAUCAUCAUAUGAUAUUAUAAUUAAAGAGAAAUUCUGGUACGCGAUAAUGAUAAAUCUGUUUGGAUUGCAUUUAAAUUUUAAAUUUUAAACUUGAAUUGAAUUUAAAUUUUAAAUGUGUAAAUUAACGUUUCUCAUUUGUACAAACAUACAUUUUAAUUCCAAAAUAUCUUAAUUCAAACAUUUUCAUUUAAAAACAUAUGUCAAAUUGCGUGGAAUCUGCCAGAAAAUAACGAUAAAAAUACAGUACCAUAAUUCCUUGUUCAACAUUAGCGACAUGCGAAGAUUGAUCGUUUUAUUUACACACAAGGCGCAUGAGUUGAGUGUGUUUACUGAACGCAACAGUUGUGUGGAAUCAUAACAAUUGCCCCUACGAAUGAUGUAUAUUUUUAUCUAUCAAAGCAGAUGUGUGUGCUUUCCAAGAACCGAUCACUUAACUGUUGCGUUUGCUGUAAACAUUUUUUUUUACGUUUACUUGCAACAACUGUAUAAGUAACGGUUCAAUUGUUGCAUUGAUUUUGAAUUGAAAUGAUUAUUUGAUUUAACAUUGAUGUUAACUCGAUCGGCAAAUGUCUCGAUAGGCGAAAGAAUCUCAGCCGAGAAUAAUGCGAAUUUACAGUUUGUCCGGUGGUUUCCGAAGAACCGUUUCAGAAGAAUCGCUUCUUCGAGAUCCAUCGUAUGAUCUAAUGUGCGUUUUAGCUAGGGCCCCACCCAAGCAUGAUAGAGCCAUCUUGCAUGACCACCUUCUCAUCCCUUUUAGGCAGGGUUAAACUGAAACUUAAGACUGUUAGUUUUUAAUUAAUAUCGUAAAGUAUAUUUUUUUAUUCAUCUUUUGAUGAAUGUGUGGGCAAGCUCUGAACAGGCGAGAAAUUCUCACGGAUUUAGGCAGAAAAGCAUCCGUUUUGCUUUAAUUCUGCAAAAUAAAUAAUUUUUCAGAAGAUAUUCAGUGAUUACAACGACCGCCUGAUAAUUGAUAAAUCCGGAUUUGAUUCCGGCCUAUAUUACCCCCACAGGCUAAAGUUACAUUUAAGAAUAGGAUUUAUAAUAUAUCCACAAAAAUAAGCUCGCUGAAACAAACAACAUAAAGAAUUUCUGCAGCAAUAAGAUUCUGUUUCCCAAUUACGAUAUCAUUACAUGAUUAAGAACAUUUUUUUUAUCUCUUUAAGGCAGAGUUAAACUGAAAUUUGAGAUAAUAACGAGCAACAAAUCCAAAUAAAUAUAAAAUACUCGAUGAGCGAAAGUAAGAUUGUGUAUGUGAAAGCAUUAUUGUCUGAAAAUGCGCGCACAAUAAUUUUUCAACGAAAAAUAAUUAAUUUUUACUGGAAAAUUAUCAAAAGCGCAAACGCCUACGACCUAACAUAAAAAGGAUUUAGAAUGCUUACGCAAUGGAAUGAUAAUAACUUCCUUUUUUUUCACUUGUCAUCUUUUAGGGAUUCAAUAGCACGAUUCAAUACUUCCUUUACUUUUUUCCAAUUUUCAAUCUUUAACACAAAAAUAUAUAUGAGGGUGACGGUCAGUGAUCGAAUCUCGAUUAUCAAUUAUCAAUCGAUCGCUUCGGAGCCUAUGUAUUACUCCGACUAUUGAUUUAUGUAUGUUUCCCUUUUAAAUAAGGUGAGACAUAUGCGUUAUAAAAAUAGCGCUUCAGCGUAGAAUAUAACUGGCCCGUUAUUAGAGUUAAAGAAAAAUACACUCACACGUUUUUCCGACGUGUGCUAGAAACUCACCGGAAUAUCCGGUGCGUGCUUUCGUGCGUAAGUGGUCGUCGAUAAUAAGUGGACGUCUGACUGACGCGAAGAAUCCAAAUUGGUUUCAUAUAAUCGGGUUAAUGGCACCUCCCUCUCCCCGCUAAAAGGAGGGAUUUAUUUUUGCUCCCGGUGACGCGAUCCACCUGUUACCGUAGACCAAAGAAUACAUAGCUAUGUUCGACGAGUAAACAGUCGAAAGUGUAUGAAUGAAUAGAGCACCUACACCUGCUCGUAAAAGUAAUUAGCGAAAAAUUCGUCGAUCACAUUCGCUUUUAUUAUUACGGCUAUGCGGAGCACGUGUUCUUAAUAUCUUAUAUCUUAUAAUAUCUUAACUCUCGAGUGUGUCAAGUAUGUUCACGCUAUUGCAUGACUCUCUACACGUCCCUUUUAGGCAGGGUUCAAAGACUAAAUGAAUUUCAUUUGAACUUCAGAUUUCUACAAUGUAGAAGUUUGCAAUAUACGUUGACAAUAAAGAAAGUUACUAUUUAAUUCGCAACUAUAUCGAACGUGAGCUUUCUUUCUCGUAUUUCCACUUUCUUCCUAUCCUUUCCUACCUUCGAAACAUUUUGCAAAUUCUACAGUUUCAGACGUUUUUAGGAGACGGCGUGAUCGGUCAAAGGUCAAUAAAGAAGUCGUCACGAACCGGACAACUAGUAUGUAUAUUUUUGCAUUAUAAUAACCCCGUUAUACAUAAACGCUUUAUUACAAUAUAGAAACAUAAAUUUUUAUAAUGUCUCAUCCAUUUUAACAUCUCACAACGCCCUUCGCUAUGAUACAUAUCUUGCGUGGUCGAGAUUAUUAUAUUACUACUACAAUCCCUGGCAUAAAAUCUCGUCAACGUGUCCAGAAUGCGGCCACUCGCGUGAAUCUUUUCUCUCGAAUAAAACACGCGUCUCUCGCAUACGGGAGCGACAAGAUAAAACUUACAUGCAGCUUUUUAUUCCGCUGAUUAUUCAAUGUUAUGCACAUAGUCCAAUUUUACCAAAAAAAAAA